UACAGUAAUCAUCCCUUGCUUUCCUUUCUCUCUAAUCAAUGGCCGACGAAAUUCUCCACGAUUUCUUCCCAAUGCUAAGAGUCUACAGAAGUGGCCGAAUCGAGAGGCUUACUGGCGAAGAUAUCGUCCCCCCGUCUAUAGAUUCACUUACCUCCGUCCAAUCCAAAGACGUCGAAAUCGAGCCGGAGAUCAACCUCUCCGCCCGAAUCUACCUCCCUCCCAACGCCGACCCCACCAAAAAGCUCCCACUCCUCGUCUACUACCACGGCGGCGGCUUCGUCGUCGGAUCCGCCUUCUCCCCGCUCUGUCAUAAGCAUCUCAUUCUCUUAGUCGCACAAGCCAACAUCGUCGCCAUCUCGGUUAAUUACUGUUUAGCCCCCGAAUUCCCGCUCCCGAUCGCGUUCGAGGACUCAUGGCGCGCUCUCAAAUGGAUCGCCGAGGGCAAUGAUGAAUGGAUCAACGAAUUCGCCGAUCUGACACGUGUGUAUUUAGGCGGGGACAGCGCGGGCGCGAAUAUAGCACACAACAUCGCAAUGAGGGUCGGUUCGGAGAAUCCGGAGGGUUUUAACUUGCAAGGGAUUUUCCUGAAUUGCCCCGCCUUUGGGGGCGAGGAUCCGAUUGGGUGCGAAACGGCUGAGGAAUUCAAGAAGAGGGCAGAGUUUUCUAAGAAACUGUGGCAUUUUAUUUGCCCGAGCAUGAAGGAUCGCGACGAAGGAUGGGUGAAUCCAGGUAAGGAUCCGAAGAUAUCGGGUUUGGGUUGUGGAAAAGUGUUGGUUUAUGUUGCGGGGAAGGAUCACCUGAAGGAUAGAGGGUGGUAUUAUAAGGAGGUGCUUAGCAAUUGUGGGUGGAAGGGAGAAAUUGAAUGUGUUGAGGUUGCAGAGGAAGAUCAUGUAUUUAGUGUGCUUACUCCAGAUAAUCAGGUAUCAAUGGAUAUGAUAAAAAAAGUGGCUUCCUUUCUUAAUAACUACUGAAUCUUAAGUUGAGCCCUAAUGAAUCAUAGUAUAUCAUUUGGUUUUAAUUAUAGCCCCAAUAUAUGAUGUUCAUCGCAUAAUGCCUUCGAGAUUUAAAUGUGUACUUUACUUAUCCUAAUUUCGAGCAGUAAUUUAUUUGUUUACUGUUAUGGACUAUGGUGGUGCUUCAUGCAAUAAAUAAUUGGUAUAUGUAUAAUUUGGUUGUAAUGCAAAGCUAAUUCGUAUUGA